CGGAGCGUUGAAUGGGGCGCGGGGAGGUGCGGCUCGCCUCGCCUGCCUAGCCUCGCCUUUGUGCGGCCAGCCUGCGGGCGCCCCUCCAGGCCCCGCCCCGCCCACCCCGACCCCUGCUGCCGAGGAACGGAGACCCGGCGGCCGCGGUGGACGAAAACGACGAAAGGUCAGCGGCGGACGCGCGCGGAGGGCGCCCGGGUGCCGGGUGCGCGGCGGGGUUACCCGCGAGCUCGCGGGAGGGGUCCCUGAAUAUCCAGAAGUUGAUUCCAUCAUGGCUGAGCCCAAGGUGGAGACCCGGACCAGCAUGGACUGGCAGAAACGCUACCUGGCCCUGGAAACCCAGCUUGUGCGGUUCCGCCUGCAGGCCAGCAAGAUAAGGGAGCUGCUUUCUGACAAGAUGCAGGAGCUGGAGCAGAGACUGCAGGAGGCCGAGCAGAGAGCAGAGAACGCGGAGACCCAGGUGAGUGUGAUGGAAGAGAAGGUGAAACUCUCCAAUCUGAAGAGUGUGGGCUCCGCAGGCAGCCUGCACCAGAAGUACCAAGACUUACUGAAAGCUGUGCAGGGCAAAGAUGAGCGCAUCGGCCAGCUGGAGGCACAGCUGGAGAAGCAGAAGCAGAUGAGAGCUGAGGAAGCAAAGAUUGUUCAAGAAAAAGCUGCAAAGAUCAAGGAAUGGGUGACCCUAAAGUUAGCAGAGCUUGAGAUGGAGAACCAGCACUUGAAAAGCUGUAAUCAGCGCCUGGUGGAGCAGGUGGCAGCCCUUCAAGAAGCCCUAGAAGCUCUUCAGAUGGCGCUUUCAGAGAAUCUGCUGGUGGCCCCCCAGGAAAUCCCAGAGCAGGAUUCUGUCCCUGCAGGGCCAGGAGCCCAGCUGAUGGGGCAGGACAGUGGUGCUCAGGCCCAGGAUGCUCUGAAGGCCGCUCUGCCGAGCGAGGACUCUGUCCCUGAAGUGAGAAGCGCCACGGGGGAGUUCGGUUCCAUCGUGGUCCGUCCCGCGGGACUAUCAGAAGCCAAGACCCUUCCAUCUCGUCUGGGAAGAGAGGGCUCUCCUGGCCAGCUGUGCGUGAAGACUUGCACCCCCGGAUGUACUUUGUCUUCCUGGGAUGAGGGCCUGGCCACUGCUCAGGGAGGGUCACUCCCUGGGACAAAGACCUCUGCCAGGGAAGGUGGCCCCGGCUGCAGCCUGACCCUCCCGAAGGUGCGGGCUCCCAGCGCCCCCUACGACAGUGUCCAGCUGGCCAAGCGGCACCACAGCCAGCCCCCAGUGGGCCCUGAGCGCUCCAACCACGUGGGGAGCGUGGAGAUUGGGACCCUCGCAGCCCUCCCCCACUCCGGCCUUCCCAGGGUGGCGGCCCCCGCUGAGCUCGAGGAGGAACCAGAGAAGAUGGAGAUGGAGGAGCCACCCCCAGCCGGGAGGAAGGAGGAAAGAGAGAGCCAGAAGGUCUCCACAGCAGAGCUGGUGGGAGUGGAUUUGGGAGGCAAGCCCCCCACACCCCCCUUGCACCGGUUUCCAUCCUGGGAGAGCCGCAUCUAUGCUGUGGCCACGUCAGGCAUGUGUCUCUCGGACAUACCUCCCCGAAGUAGUGCCACCUGCUUCGGUUCCAGGCCUCCCUCCCUCUCAUCCCAUGGGCCUUUCUCGGGCCUUGUCUACAAGAACUGUACGGUGCCUGUCUACACAGUCCUGAAGGGGAGAGUCAUGCAGAUCAGCACCGUGCCCUUUGUGGACGAGUCCUCUGGGUCCGAUGACGACUGCAGCUCUCAGGCGAGUUUCCAGAGCUCGGUCCCCUGCUCUGAGCCCAGGAAGACCAGUGGACUAGGCAGCCCCCGGGCUAUCAAGAGAGGUGUCUCCAUGUCCUCUCUGAGCUCAGAGGGCGACUACGCCAUCCCCCCAGAUGCCUGCUCCCUGGACAGCGACUACUCAGAGCCUGAACACAAACUACAGCGCACCUCAUCCUACUCCACCGAGGGGCCGAGCCUGGGCAGGGAGUCUCUGGAGAAGUCAGGCUACCUGCUGAAAAUGGGCAGCCGGGUGAAGACGUGGAAGAGGCGCUGGUUUGUCCUGAGACAGGGACAGAUCCUGUACUACAAGUCCCCGAGUGAUAUCAUCCGGAAACCUCAAGGCCAAGUGGAACUGAACUCCCGUUGCCAGAUUGUUCGAGAGGAGGGUGCACAGACCUUCCAGCUCGUCUCCGAGAAGAAAACCUAUUACCUGACGGCGGACUCGCCCUGCCUGCUGGAGGAGUGGAUCCGAGUGCUGCAGAGGCUGCUGAAGGUCCAGGCCCUGGGGCCGCCAGCCCUGCCUCAGCGGGGCACCAAGCCCACGGUGAAGGGCUGGCUGACCAAGGUAAAGCAUGGCCACUCCAAGCUGGUCUGGUGCGCUCUCGUCGGGAGAACCUUCUACUACUACCGGAGCCACGAGGACAAGCGACCCCUGGGCCACCUGCCUGUGCAGGACGCACACGUAGAGGAAGUCGACCGAUCCUGCGACUCAGAUGAGGACUACGAGGCCGGAGGAACCGGGCGGCUGCUCUCCUCCCACUGCACCCUGGUGAUCCACCCCCCGGAGCACAGCCCCACCUACCUCCUCAUUGGCACCAAGCAUGAGAAGGACACGUGGCUGUAUCAUCUCACCGUGGCCGCAGGGGGCAGCAGCGCCAAGGUGGGGACCGCCUAUGAGCAGCUCAUUGGCAAGCUGAUGGAUGCUGAGGGAGACCCAGACUCGCCCCUCUGGAGGGACCCCAUGCUGUGCUACAGCAAAGACGGGCUGCACACGUCCCUCACCACCCUGCCCUCCGACGCCCUGCAGACCGAGGCCCUCAAGCUCUUCAAGCCCUGGGCGGCCCAGGCUGUUCAUUGUCUCCACACCUGCCAGUGCCCUCUGUCAUGUCCUUGCCAGUGCUGCCAGCUCUUCAUCAACGUGCCCGUGGAAGCCGCCUCUGUGGACUACCAUGUGUCCCUGGCCCAGAGGGCCCUGCAGGUCUGCCUGGUUCACCCUGAGCUGCAGAGCGAGAUCUACUGCCAACUCAUGAAGCAGACCAGCUGCCGCCCGCCUCAGAAGUACUCCCUCACACAGUGCUGGCAGCUCCUGGCUCUGUGCGCCCCACUCUUCCUGCCCCAGCACCACUUCCUCUGGUACAUCCAACAGCAGCUCCAGCGCCACGCAGACCCCAGAAAUGAAACUGGCCAGUAUGCCACGUACUGCCAGCGGGCCGUGGAGCGGACCCUGCAGACGGGGGAGCGGGAAGCCCGGCCGUCGCGCAUGGAAGUGCUGUCCAUCCUGCAGCGGAACCCCUUCCACCACUCCUUGCCCUUCAGCAUCCCCGUGCACUUCGCCAACGGGACCUACCAGGUGGUGGGCUUCGACGGCUCCUCCACAGUUGAUGAGUUCCUCCAGCGGCUGAACCAGGAGACAGGCAUGAGAAAUCCGUCCCACUCUGGCUUUGCCCUCUUCACAGAUGAUCCGUCUGGCCGGCCCCUGGAACACUGCCUGCAGGGGAGAGUCAAGCUCUGCGAUGCCAUUUCCAAGUGGGAACAAGCCCUGAAGGAGCUGCACUCCAGGAAGUCUGAGGGUGGCACGCGUGUCGUGAGGCUGAUGUACAAGAGCAGGCUGUACUUUCGGGGUCAAGUCAAAGGGGAGACAGAACGCGAGCGUCUGCUGCUUGCCUUCCAGACCAGUGGCGAGAUCGUGGCCGGGAGGUUUCCUGUCAACAAGGAGCUGGCUCUGGAGAUGGCUGCCCUGAUGGCCCAGGUAGAGUUUGGGGACUUGGAGAGGCAUCUCUCGCCAAGCCCUGGGGGCACACCCCCUUCCAAGGCUCAGCACCACCUACAGCAGGUGCUAGACAGGUUCUACCCAAGGCGCUACCGAUACGGGACACCCACUGAAAAGUUGAGGUAUCUAGUAGAUCAGCUGACCACAAAGUGGGCAGCACUGCAAGGCUGCUCCCCUCCUGAGUGCAUCCGCAUCUACCUGACCGUGGCCCGGAAAUGGCCCUUCUUUGGUGCUAAGCUCUUCGCUGCUCAGCCUGUACAGCUGUCUUCCAAGGAGAACCCUCUGGUGUGGAUUGCUGUGAAUGAGGAUGGUGUCAGCAUCCUGGACCACAACACGAUGCAAGUGCGUGUCACCUACCCCUACUCUUCAGUGACGACCUUUGGUGGCUGCCGGGACGACUUCAUGCUUGUGAUUAGAUCCAUUCCAGACCAGAGCUCUGGAAAAGGCCACAUUGAAAAGCUGACCUUCCGGAUGGCCGCUCCCAAGAUUGCAGAGGCUACCCUCCUCAUGGCCAGCUACAUGAGCCACUGCUCCAUAACUGUGAACACACCCACCAAGCUACCUGCUGCCCACCAGCCAUGGGAACCGGCUGGACAACAGCUCUUUGCUUCUCUUCCACGGGCUGCCAAGGGGCCAACGUUGCUGUGAAUAUUUCUCCUGCCCCUUUCCCCACCACCUGGUGCCUCUGGGGUUGGAGAUACGAAUCCUGGGGCAUGACACUACUGUGAUGGGUCCAGCACCCUCCCCAGCCCGCCCUGGUUUGUUCUGUGAAGUGUGUACUUCAGUGUCCACGAAGCCUCUAUUCUCUAGGUGCCUUAUGUUUCAGGGCCCAACUUUUAAAAAGCCAGGCCCAGUAUAAAAACCACUGUUUUUUUCCCCCCACCAGAGUAUGAGUGCUGGAUUCUGCCUGCUAGACAGACAGGGAGGUCUGGUUCCUGAGGGCAUCAGUGCCGUACGUCAGAGCUUUCCCCACUGGCACCCUCGGGGAGGCCAAUCUGUUGUAUACUGUAUACGGUCCUUAUGUGGGGAUUUAUACUUGAAGUUUUCCCAACAUCCUCAAAUCCUGAGGACCAAAAUUUCCCGUUCACCCCAACUCUGACAGAAGCCUAGAACUCACUAAAACUGGGUUUCCUUUUGCAGAUGGGAAAGGGGUUGGCAGGGCUGGAGGGAAAAGAACGGAGGCCUUCCCUCCCCUACUGCCCGUGAGUAGGCGCCCCGCAGUGCCCUGCCCUCCGGGGCAGCAGCUCCUCUUUGUAGGACAGGAGCGCUCCCUGCCGAGAUCGAAGCUGCUCUUCCUCACACUGGACUGUAAGCCCAACUGGGUACAAGCUAAGGCAGGGGCAGGUCUAACUUGGCCUCCUCGUUCUCCUUUUAACUACUGGACAGGGCUCAGUGAAGGCUGUGCUCACUGCUGUAGGACGAGGUGGCCAUCACCCGUUUCCCUGCUCUUCAAAAGACCAAGCAGAUGCACUCUGCCUUUUGCUACUCUGGGAGCCACCAGAAUGAGUCAGAAACAGGAGACCCCUUGGGGCUUGAGGGCCUGGGAUCUGCUCCUCAGGACUUCUGGCGAACUUCUGCUGGGAAUUAGUUUGAGGACAGAGGACAGGUGAUGUCUGUCCCAGAAACUGAAUGUUGCUUCCACCUUUUGCCUUCCUAACGAUGCCAGUAUCCCCCUAUCCCACUGAGACCUUCUGUUAAGUGCAGAGGAGAUGCUCUUUGUUUCCACCCUCCCCUAACAAAGACGAAAGAGUUCACUGGUACUCUGAUUUUCCAACAUUGGAAACGGAGUUUUAUUUCAUAGCUCUAAGACAGUCUUAUCAUAUGUCAAUAAAGUGCUGAAAACUGUA